AUGGAUCCAUUUUCAUCACUUAGCUUGGCAACAUCGGUUGUCCAAGUAAUUGAUUUCAGCUCAAGAUUACUCUCCGGCUCGUAUCAGAUUUACCACUCCGUCGAUGGUCACACUGAUGAUGACCGGGAGCUCAACGAACGGGCGGCCGUCCUUCGUAAAUUGGCCUCCACCUUGACGAAGCGAACCCCGUCAACUGCUGUCAGCAGGACCUCCAAACCGGUUGAUGGUCUAGUUGUAGAGAAGGCCCCGGCUUCGAUUGAUUUGGAUAGCUCGGCGCGCACCGCUGAUCCGCUCACUGGUUCCGAAGGGGAAACAAAUGCCGCACAAGAUGGAGCUAAUACUUUUAAACAUCCUGAAAUGGAGAGAACUGACGCUGAGUUUCCUGGCCAAGGGCCCGGUGACGAGGGCAUGCCAGUCGGGUCGAAUAACACGCUUGGCAUUGAACAGGCGUACCGGAAGCUCCUGAAAUUGAGAUCCAGAAUGCAAUCGACCGCAGAUGCCUUCGUUCCCGAAGACACACACCACAGCGAGCAAGAAAAAGGCAUCCAAAUAGUUGCGGCCGGGUGCAACGAGAUGGCUAAGAAGAUCGAAAGCACACUGCACAACCUCCGCGCAGACCCCAAGAACCAGAAGUUUCGGACGCUCGUUAGCUUUCGCCAAGCCUUUCUCAGAACUUGGAGCGACAAGAAGAUAAAGGAGAUGGAAAAGGCGCUCGACAAGAAAAGGAGCGACUUGAUCCUUCACUUGGUGGUGGUUAUGAGUGACCAGCAAUCUAGCGUGGUUAGAGAGCUUCGCACGUUGCGAGAGGCGAGCAAUCGUCUUGGGUCAGCCUAUACGGAUCACCUGGACAGCAUCACGAAGUCCUUUAAAUUGAUUCAAAGCCAGGCCGGGAAAGAGUCAGAUAUUAGGCGGAAGAACCCGAAGGCUUAUUAUCAAGAGAGCAACGACAAGGACGGCAACGAUGGAAAGACGUUCAAUCUGUUUAAUCUACAUAUAACUCCACACAAGAAGUCACUGGAACAAAGUGAUAUCGUAAGCUACGACGAGAGCGCACAAGACCUUCGCUACCUGGCUGAGGCUCUCUCGCUCCUGACCUCGACGGCAUCUAAGGUGGCGAUCGCUCAAAGGGUACUCGCAGGUCUCCAUUACAAGACCAUGUUGAUGCGGAUGGAGAAUGUUGCCGAAGCAUAUGCGGACACUUAUGAGUGGAUAUUCAAGACACCGCGAGCAAGAGCCAAGAAGAACAUCAAAGUGUACUUUCUCGAGUGGCUGUUGCACAACGACGGGAUAUUUUGGGUUUCGGGCAAGCCGGGCUCAGGCAAGUCGACUCUGAUGAAGUUUCUCUGCGACCACGCCCGAACCGAAGAAGCCUUGAUAGAGUGGGCAAAACCACUGGAUCCAGUCAUGUCGACGCAUUUCUUCUGGAGUUCGGGAACCGCCAUGCAGAAAUCCCAGGAAGGCCUAUUCAAGUCCCUCCUAUACGAUGUGUUUAGAAAAUCACCCGAAAUUAUGAAAGCCGUCUGCCCUCAACGAUGGGAGGCAGGCCGAAGAGGGGAAGGCGAACUGGAGCCUUGGACCAUAUCAGAGCUGCGCCGGACACUAAUUUCUAUGGCAAGGUGCUCUGGCCUUCCAUACAAAUUUUGUUUCUUCAUUGACGGGCUUGAUGAAUAUGAGGGGGAUCAUUCGGAGAUGAUCGCCGUUCUAAGAUCGUUAGCCACUUGCCCAAAUAUUAAGCUCUGCAUCUCAAGUAGGCCGUGGAAUGUCUUUGAAGAUGCUUUCGGGAAUACUGACACUAGAAAGCUAUACCUUCAACACCUGACUAAUAACGAUAUACGGCUUUAUGUACGGAAGAAACUCGAAGAGCACCCAAAUUGGCAGGUUCUACCAGAGGAGCAGGAUAUUUAUCGCAGUAUUCUGGCAGAAGUAACUACGAAAGCACAGGGGGUGUUUCUGUGGGUGUAUCUCGUCGUCCGCUCCCUAUAUGAAGGCCUCACCAACGGAGAUCCAUUGCGCGCAUUGGAGCGAAGAAUUCGCAGAUUGCCAGCAGACUUGGAGCCAUUCUUUAAGCAUAUGCUGAACUCUGUGGACUCAUUCUAUCAUGCACAGAUGGUUCAAACGUUCCAAGUGGCAAUGGGCUCACCUAAUCCGCUUCCGUUGAUGAUUUACUGCUUCUUGGACGAGGAAUACGAACACCACAACUUCUCACUUCACAUGCCCGUUAAGCAAAUGCCAAUGCUCGAGGUGGAGCGCCGACAGGCCCAAUUGCGCAGACGGCUGAACGGAAGAUGCAAGGGGCUUCUGGAGGUGUAUGAAAAUGCGAGUGAGGGAAAGUACUUGGGCCACCGCGUGGACUUCCUUCACCGGACAGUCCGAGAUUUUCUUCGGACUAAGGAAAUGGGUGACUUCCUAAUGGCUAAGAAUACAGAAGAUGGGCCAAAUGCGCUGAUUUUCAAGACCUUUGUCCCCCUGAUCAAAGCGAUUCCCUGGGAGGAGAUGGAUAUAUCAGAAGACGGCACCCUGUCGAUCAUGUUGAUGGAUGCAAUGCACUACGCGUAUAAGGCCGAGCAGGAGUUGGGCAAACCUCAGACAGAGCUCCUCGAGGACCUUUCUCGCGCACUACGAUUCUAUGCUACUACAACUGGGAAGCCCAUUCCCUGGUAUCGUUGGUGUUAUUCGUCGUCGAAGGAUGGUGCCGGAUACCCUCCUUGUCAAACCUUCCUGGAAUUUGCGGUGCAGAAUGGGUUAUGUUUAUAUGUUGAGGAACAGCUUCGACAAAAACGAGAACCCCUCGACGUCAAACAACCACUAUCUCUCUGUGCAGUUGCCCAUUUCCCCGGUUACACAAUAGAAGAACCAGACCUGCGCGAUAUGGUCCGUCUUCUUCUCGACAUCCGGACGCCAGCCACGCUGCACUCGAUAGAUGACCUUUGGACCGCGUUCAUGCUGACAUAUGCAGAGGUCAAUGAUGAUGCGGACUAUUUCCCUAACAUUCUCAACAUGGUGAGGCAUAGACAAGGAAUAACUGAAUUGUUGUUAGCUCAUGGCGCCAACCCGGACACACUCUCUCAUGACUCCAUCCCCGCCUGGUGGCACUUUCUUGUGAGCUGUGCAUCCCGGAGUAUUCCUCCUUCAGCAUAUCCGCCCCUGCUCCAGACUCUCAAACUUGUCCUCUCGGCUGGCGUUCAACUCUCUGGCCGAGAUUGGAGCGUGUCAAAAGCGAUAGAUCAAAUCAUGUUUGAUGACGAUGACGAGGGAGUAGAGAACCAGGCUGCGCGACUUGAAUUUCUCUCGGAAAUAUGUUGUCUGGCGAUUUCGCAUGGUUUCGAGUUAUCAGCAACACAAAGAGAUAAAUUUGAACUACAUUUCCCGGCUCGGCUGGUUGCAUCGAUCUUUUCAACUAUAGAGGAGAAAAAGUCCAAGGCCGAAACCAAGCCCCAGCCCAAAUAUACUGAUUAUUUAAGUAUAUGGAGAUUGGUAUCAUGGGUAAAAGGUGGAGGUUAG